AUGGUUCGAGGAAAGGUAGAGAUGAAGAGGAUUGAGAAUGCAACAAGCCGGCAAGUGACUUUCUCUAAACGGAGAAAUGGAGUUAUGAAGAAAGCUUAUGAACUAUCAGUUCUUUGUGAUGCUCAAGUUGCUCUUAUUAUUUUCUCUCAAAAGGGAAAACUUUUUCAAUUCUCAAGCUCCAGCAUGCAAAAGACAAUUGACAGAUAUCGUGAAUAUACAAAAGAAACCUUGAUCAACAUUAACACUUUUGAAGUGGAACAACACAUGGAGCAAUUGAAGGAAGAAACAGCAAACAUUGCAAAGAAGAUAGAGAUCCUUGAAAUUUCCAAACGGAAGCUUUUGGGACAAGGCAUUGGAUCAUGUUCAAUGAAUGAACUUCAAGAGAUCGACAACCAGCUAGAGAGAAGCUUGAAGAUCAUCAGGGCGAGAAAGUCUCAAUUAUUCAAGGACGAAAUACAACGGCUAAAAGAAAGGGUAUGA